UCGUCAAUCUCAUGCAGUAACAAAUCACAUCAACCCGCGUCUACGUCGAAAAUGUUAAAAAUACAUAGAUAAGUCCUAUUUCCUCUUCGGCCGAGACAAUCGUUGUCGGACAAUCGCAUUAAUUGUUUUAAUCAAUUUCGAAAACAAAGUUCAGUCAUCAAUUCCGAUUUAUCACACUCGGUGAAAGUACGUAUCUCGGACGAUCCUAAUUAUCUGAAACAGAUAGUUUGGAAUUAAUAGUCUUUAAUUAUACUAUCGAGCAUAUUGGAUGAGUGCGCCGAGACGUUAAUAACAGAAAAGUUCGUUCAGAAACUGCUGCUAGUGGCGAUGUCUUCGGUGCAGUAUAUCUGUCGAUUAUCAGAAGAAGCACAAACCUACGCCAAGGACGUUUUGAACGAAACCGAGUCCAGUAGAAGAUGUGGAUUGGAGGAAUUGAAAAAAUGGUCUGGAGAGAAUCCAGCAUUGCACGUAAGAACAGAGGAUAAAUACCUCCUACCCUUCCUGAGAGUGUCCAAGUUCGAUUUGGAGAAGGCCAAAAAGAAACUGACCAAUUUCUACACGAUGCGUAGGGACAGAAAGGAAUGGUUCACCAACAGAAAUCCAAGCAUUCCCAAGCUCCAGGAGUUGGUCAAAAUGGGCAGUUUUUUGAUUCUAGAAAAAACAUUCAAGAAUCAGAUGAUCAUGAUAAUAAGACCAACAAUCCACAAUACUAAAAUUCACCACAUGGACGAUUUUAUCAAAAUCGGACUGAUGGUUCUUGACGUUGCGGUGAUGGAAGAGGAACUGGCUCAGAUAUACGGCGUCAUAGCCAUCAUAGAUAUGGUAAACGUGGGUUUCAGUCAUUUAAUGCAAAUGUCGCCCAGUCUCAUAAGAAAUUUGGUGAACGCGUGGCAGAACUUUCACUGCAGGCCCCAAAGGAUUGAAUUCGUGAACGCACCCCCUUAUGUCAACGUUGUUUUGGACGUAUUCAAGAAUUUCAUGAGUGCCAAACUCAAACAAAGAACUCACGUCUGCCAUGAUGGAUUUUCGUCUGUGGCCAAGUUUGUGGAUGAGGAUAUUCUACCGAUUGAAUAUGGGGGUAGCAACGGUACUUUGGAGGAUUUGGGGAGGUAUUGGAGUGAAAAAUUAAUCUCUUAUUCGGAAUGGUUUGCAGAGGAUGAAAAGUAUAAGGCAGAAAAUGAAGUGAAGACUGGUUGGUUCUCUCUUUUUCGACCGAAUCCUUGAAUCGAAAUUUAAAUUCUAUUCAUCUUCUCAAUCAGUGGUUAAAGUUCAAUAAUUUGAAUAAGAUUAAUGAGUAAAUCAAAACACUUCAAUUUCACCUCUUUCGCAAUUUGCAGAUAAGUUUAAAUAAUUAACUGGCCUUUUGAUGACUAUGAAUUUAUCGAAGGUUAUAAAAUUAAAUAUCCAUUUCUUUUAAUUUUCACAACAGUUUCAAGUGAGCGGGAUAUUUUUGUCAAUGACUGGAAAAAAUUAUAAUUCCGUUACGAUAUCAAUACCUUUGUUGGGGACAAUGUAGAGAUUAUUAUUGAAAAGAUAGAUAGGAUUUGAAACAAAACAAUACCGUACCGAGAAUUUCAAAACUUGAGGAUUUCAUUUUCUAAUCUCAUUUAUUUAUAAAUAUUUCGUAACCUUUAAUUUGGAGAGGAGAUACACUCAUCCCAUUUAACAUCCACUUCUGUUUUUAUUUUAUUUAUUGAAAUAUUCAAUCGAUUUAUAAAAAAAACGUAUUUUAAUAUUAUGAAGCCGAUGUCUGUACAUAACCCAUAUAAAUAAAAGUUUUACAUAUUA